GCAAUGUUUUACCAUCAGCGUUAACAGAUAUAAUGUUACCAGAAGAAUACAAAACAAUGAUAGACUCAAUUAACAUGUUUUAUGGAAAAGAAAAAAAUUAUGAAAAAAAAUAUUAUUUUUUUUUACUGGUCCUUGUAGCCUUAAUGUUUGGUUCAUUCAUUAUGCCAUUUGUUGAAUGGAAUAUAGUAAUUAAAAUAAUUUAUAUCAUAAUAACAUUGCUUUUUAUUAUUUUUGUAAUUUGGUAUAUGGUAACAAGCAUAGCAGAUAUCAAUAAAAGUAUUAAAAAACAAAUAGCUUCACUAAACUCGAAUUUAACACUUAGAAAUAUUACAUUUGCAUUAUUAGAGAUCAUGAGUUAUAAAGAACAUUGUGAAAUAAGUAAUUCUGAUGGAUAUUCAAAGUUAGAUUUCGAAAUUUUCAAAAAAUUACCAGCUGUUAAACUUUUAGUUUCUUUCUCAACUUCAACCCCAGUUCAGGGUAACAAUGAUCAAGAACAAUUCUCCCACUUAAACUCACAACCAAUUCCAAAUAGUUCAAAUAUACACUAUGCAAACACCUCCCAAGUUAAUAUUUUUAUAAAUAAUAAUCCAAAAGAUGAAAUUAAUAGUAUAAAUUUAAAACCAACUUUUGUUUACCCAAUCAGCACAGAGGAACUACUUAGUAAUAGUAUAUCAAUGGAAUAGUUUAGCAACAUCACCCCAAUUAUUUAUUAAAAAAAAUUAUUUAUUAAAAAAAACAAUGUAAUAAAAACAAAAUUAUUUAUUUAUUUAUUUAUU